AAGAUGAAUUAAAACAGAUCGCCACAGAACACAGGAGACUUGCAGCUGAGAAAGAUGCACUCGAAGGAGCUCACCAGGCCUUAAUGGAAGAACAUACACAAUUGCGCAACCAAUAUGAUGAUUUAAAGGUGGAAAAUGAAGAAUUAAACCUGAAGUCUAAGGACUUGGAAUUGGUGAAAACCGAAAUCGAAACCCUUCGUCAUGAAUUGCAAAACCUGGAACAAGAGAAUCAAUCUCUCAUUGAACGUAACAGAGUAAUAGAAGAUGAAUAUCACAAAAUUGCAGCUUCUAAAUCCUCGGAAAAUAGCCGUACACAACAAGUUGCUGAUUUUCAACUCGAAAAGAUAGAAUUAAUAAGCCAGAGGAACAAAUAUGAGCACGAAUGCAAGCACCUGCGGGCAAAGAUCGAGGCAUAUGAAGUAGCAAAAUCUCGUGACAUGGAUACAAUACGUCUACUAGAAGAUCGGUUGCGUGAAUUAGAACUAGGAGAAGGGUUAACGGAUGAAGCAAGCCAAUCCAUUUGUGAGAUAUCCGGAGCUUCAAAGGAUGAUACUACAAUCGGCCUAAAAUUGAAUAUUAAAGAACCCGAAUCCGAGUUGGUCAAGUAUAGCGGAAAGGAUGUUCAUCAGUCUAUUUCGCCUGCGAAGACUGAUCCGACAAAUCAAACAAUAAUAAGUCUCGAAGAUAGCGCUGAUGAUUGGGAAUACCUUUAA